AUGACGGAUAAAACAGCCAGGGGAGAAAGGAGAGUAGAGCCUAAACACGUGAGAGAUAGUGAAGAGGACGUCAAGCGAAAAGAAGAGGGGGAUCCUCUAAUCAGCACCAGUCAGGCCAAUAGCUCCCUCCAGGCAAAGAAGGAUAAAAGUACCUCUCCAAGAGAAAGAAGCAAAAAAUCAAGCCGAGUUCAACUUCCCCCUUCGAGGCGAGUGUACACUUCAGCAACGGAACAAGAGGAAAUCCCAGAACAACGGCCGAUCCCACACCACAGGGACCGGGGAAGGAUGGGGAAGAAAUAA